UCUUUCCUUCCUCCUCCACGACUCUUCGCUCUAGCUUCGGGCCAUGACCAGUAUCUGCCUUCGGCUUUGUUCUUUGUUCACCUUCACAUUCACUUUUCUUCUUCUUCUUCUUCUUCUUCUUCCCCCUCUCCUCCCCCCUCUCCGUCUUGGGUCGGUUUUCUCUUUUUCUUUUUCCUUUUUCCGUCUCCCUCUUGCCUCGGUUUUUUUCUUUUUCUUUUUCUUUUCCGUUUGUACAGGUACAUCCCUACCUACCUACCUUGACUGUUCUUGCUGCCCGCGCUGCUGCGAGGCAAACGACAUCACUAUGUACCUUGCUUGGUGCGGAUACCUGAUGAGCCGCAUCGUUUUCUGUCUUUUCAAUGAACCAGAGUCCCUGCGUCCGCCCCUCUCCCUCUCUCUCCUCUUACAAACCUACAUAAUAAAAGUACGACGUUUUACGCACACUGACCAAACCCAAACUUCCUCCCGCCAGCAAGGCAUCCUGGCCCUCCCGCCCUCGAUGAGAAUGGCCAUCUAACUAUCUAGUACUACACUACGUAGUAGUCCAUUUCAACAUACCUGCUCAGCGAGGUCCGCGAACCAAACCUGCUCAUCUAUUUUCGCCCCGGUUUCUUCUUGCAAUUCUCUCCAGUUUCCAUGCAUGCCGAACGAGAAGCGUACGACGCAGUACCGCUCUCGCUGCUCUAAAACUGUUUGAAGCACCAAACACAAGCUAUGUGAUGCUGGAUAC